AUGACGCAGACAAACCAGCGGCAACAGACUACCCCCAACACUGUCUCCACAUUGCCACGAGAUGUCUCAAUGAGCCCCUCUACAUCCUUAAGGCCUACUACAGAUUCUAUCAGCGACAAUGACAACAGUGAGAAACCGGUACGAGAAAAGCUGAAGAAGACCUCCCUUGCAUCCAUGUCAAGUCAUAUUGUAGGAAGGCAGGAAAGAGUACUCACAGCAAACGAAGAGCACUCCCUACCAGAUCAUAUGCACAGAGACUCAUCGCCGGUGAAAGAAUCAAGCAAGAAAGGUGUGGAACCUCGAGGGAGGCCGGUGAAAAAGCGAUCGUUUGAUGACCUAGAUACGCCCGAUGCAGAAGGAAAUGAGGCAGCACGAGAGCACAUAACAAAGCCCAAUGCUAAUGGUCAUCUGAGGAAGCGGUCCAGAGAUGUUCGCGUCCGCGAGCUUCCCAAGGAAAAUAGCCGACCACUACUAGUAGGAACUCCUGUGCGAGAGGAGUCGGAAGACGCUGCAAAUGGCGUUAAAACAAGUGAGGCUUGUAUCAAUGGACCCAAGAAUGCAGUAGGUAUUAUAUCGCCAGCGACUGAGACUCUGUCGCAAGUGGAGAUGGAGCAGAACAAACAACCCCAGGAUAUCAACGACUCUACACGACAUGUUUCUGAUACAGUACAACAAGAAGGUGUAACAGAAGCAGAAAAGGAGUCCGCUGACCAAGAGAUGCGAGAUCCGGCAUCCAGUCCACGAAAAAAGCGAAGUAGGGACCAGUUCGACACUGAGGCAGAUAGAGAACAGAAGAUACCUGCAACGGAAGAAGCGAGAGCUCAUAGGAUAUCUGAUGAGCCUGAAAGAGACGAAGGUUCCGUCGUGAAGCAUCGAAGCCCAGCAACGCCAGAAGGUUCUGGGGUAGCUGAAAAGGAGCCUGUAAUGGUGCAAGAGGGGAGGAGCCUGGGUGAUGCACAUGUUGGGAUGGAGAGACAGGAGCGACCCUUUAGAAGUGCAUUUGAUAACGCAUCUACAUUCUCUCCCUCUAUGGCUUCUGCCAAGAGUAACUCCUCUGCAGAAAUUUCGACAUUCGCAAAUAAGACUACGGAUCAGGUGUCUCAGACGUCUGAUGACGCCUUCGCAUCCUCGGGCUUUGCUGCGCUCGCAGGCUCGUCAACAUCACCAUUUGGCACAUUAGGUGGCUCAUCGACUGCCGCUACCGCUAGUCCUUUUGCUUCCGCAGGAGUCUUCAUUCCAGGAAAGACCAAGACGGACAAAAAGGAAGCCCAGGAGACGGAAUCAGCUGCCAACGGUGGGUUUGGUGCUUUCGUUAACAGCUCUUCUACCGGUUUUGGUACAACGGACCAAUUACCGUUCGGCACAUCGGGGUCGAGCAAGAUUGGCGUUUUUGGUGGUUCAAUCUUUGGCAGUGCAUUCGGUGGACCAUUCAGUGGAGGGAAUAGACUAACUAGCUUUGCCGCUCCCACUGGAAAUGCAAAAUUGGGUGCUAGCAAUGGUGCUAUCAAGCCCAUCGGUUCCCCAAAGCAUGAUGGAGACGAAGAUGAAAACAGUGAAAGUGAUGGUGAAGUAUCGGCAGAGAAAAAGAAAGACGAAGAGACAGAGGAGGCAGAUGGACGGUUCCAACACCAAGAUGUUGAAACCGGAGAGGGUGGCGAAGAUUCGAUCUUUUCUUCGCGAGCUAGUCUUUACUCGUUUAGGGACAAUGCUUGGAAGGAAAGCGGCAAGGGGACUUUCAAGCUCAAUAUCGCCGCAGCAUCUCCAGAGGACGCUUCUUCAAACCGAAAGACAGGGCGUUUCAUAAUGAGGGCCCACCAAACAUACAGGGUCCUACUCAACGUUCCCGUGUUCAAACAGAUGCAGAUUGGCGAUAGCAGGGGCAACGAGCCAUCAGGAAAAUCUUUCCUGUUUGCGGUGAUCGAGAAUGCCAAGCCCGUGGCUCAUAUGGUAAAGUUGGGCGAUGUGACGGACAGCAAAACUUUGUACCAUGAGGUGCAAAGGUUGCAGAAAGGUCUGGAAUGA